UGUAUGGUCAACGGGCAGAACAGUCGAACACGGACCGACGGACCCGAGCUGCUUCACACUGAUCCAACCCCACCGGGUCUCUCCCGCCGCCGCGCUCUCUUCUCGCCGGCAGCCCCUACGCCAACUCGCCCUCGAAUCGUGCACCUCGGCAUCUGCGAUGGCCUCCACGCCGCCGGUGGCAAGGAAGGUGCUGCACGAGCUGGCGGAGCACGGCGACGUCCGCCUCGACAGCUACUACUGGCUCCGCGACGACUCCCGCUCCGAUCCCGCCGUCCUCGCCCACCUCCGCGCCGAGAACGACUACACGGCGGCCCUCAUGUCCGAUGUCAAACACAUCGAGGAUGAAAUAUUUGCUGAAAUUCGAGGAAGAAUCAAGGAAGAUGAUACAGAUGUGCCUCUUCGCAGAGGGCAGUAUUACUACUAUGAAAGAACAUUGACUGGCAAGGAGUAUGUACAACACUGCAGGCGUCUUGUACCAACAGAUGGCCAUAUCACAGUCUUCGAUGCGAUGCCCGUAGGACUUGAUGCCCCUGAUGAGCAUAUUGUCUUGGAUGAGAAUGUAAAGGCUGAGGGCCAUGACUAUUACAGCAUCGGGGCUUUCAAAGUCAGUCCCAGCGGUAGGCUAGUUGCUUAUGGAGAAGAUACUAACGGUGACGAAGCCUACACGCUUUAUGUCAUUGAUGCGGAGAGUGGAGAAUAUGUUGGGCAACCACUUAAAGGAGUUACUUCUGACAUUGAGUGGGCUGGUGAUGAUUACCUUGUUUACAUUACAAUGGACAGCCUUCAUCGACCAGAUAAAGUAUGCCUACACAAGUUAGGAUCUGAUCAAUCUAAUGAUAUGUGCCUGUAUCAUGAAAAAGAUGACAUAUUUUCACUUGGUCUUCAAGCUUCAGAAAGCAAGCAAUAUUUAUUUGUUAGAUCAGAAAGCAAAAGCACAAGCUUUAUAUUCCACCUAGACAUCUCCAAACAGAAAAAGCAGCUUGAAGUUUUGACACCUCGCUUGUAUGGCAUUGAUACAGCAGCUAGUCAUCGUGGAAACCAUUUCUAUAUUAAGAGGCGAAGUGAAGAUUUCUACAACUCUGAACUGGUUGCUUGCCCAUCGAAUAAUGUUGCCGAGGCCACUGUCUUGCUACCACACAGAGAAAGUGUGAAAAUUCAGGACUUCCAGCUCUUUGAGAAUCAUAUUGCUGUCUAUGAGCGUGAGAAUGGUCUACCAAAAAUAACUGUAUAUGGCUUACCGGCCAGCGGAGAGGCACUUGGGAAACUUCAGGGUGGACGGGAAAUUGAUUUUGUUGAUCCAGCAUAUGCAGUGGAACCCGAGGAGUCACAGUUCCAUUCAUCUAUUAUUAGGUUUCGUUAUAGCUCAAUGAAGACACCACCCUCUGUGUUUGACUAUGAUAUGGAUUCAGGGGUGUCUGUAUUGAAGAAAAUUAAUACUGUUUUAGGUGGAUUUGAUUCAUCAAAUUAUGUAUCAGAAAGAAAAUGGGCUGCCGCUUCUGAUGGAACACAGAUCCCUAUCUCCAUUAUAUAUAGAAAAGAUCUUGUGCAGCUCGAUGGCUCAGACCCCAUGCUGCUAUCUGGCUUUGGCUCCUAUGAGAUAUGCAUAGAUCCGAGUUUCAGUGGAUCAAUAUUCUCUCUAGUAGAUAGGGGGUUUGUACACGCGAUAGCUCAUGUUCGUGGAGGUGGGGAAAUGGGCCGGAAGUGGUAUGAAGAUGGAAAGCUGUUGAAGAAGAAAAACACCUUCACUGAUUUCAUUGCUUGUGCUGAGCACUUGAUGAAAAGCAAAUACUGCUCAAAGGAAAAGCUUUGCAUUAGUGGCAAAAGUGCAGGUGGCCUGUUGAUGGGCGCUGUCCUAAAUAUGAGGCCUGACUUAUUCAAGGCCGCCAUUGUUGGGGUCCCUUUUGUUGAUGCUCUCACGACUAUGCUUGAUCCAACCAUUCCAUUGACCACAGCUGAAUGGGAGGAGUGGGGUGAUCCAAGGGAAGAAGAAUACUAUUAUUAUAUGAAAUCAUAUUCUCCUGUUGACAACGUGAAAGCACAAGAGUAUCCCCACAUUCUCGUCACGGCCGGCUUAAACGAUCCUUGCGUGAUGUACUCCGAACCUGCCAAGUUUGUGGCUAAGCUGAGGGAAUUGAAAAGGGAUGACAACCUUCUGCUAUUCAAGUGUGAAGUAGGUGCCGGACACAACUCAAAGUCUGGAAGGUUCGAGAAAUUGCGGGAGGACGCCUUUUCUUACACGUGUCUCCUCAAGGCACUGGGCAUGACAUAUACGGCUUGAUUGUGCCGGGCUAUCCGGCGUAUGAGGUCUAGUUAUAGUGAGUUCAUUUCGGGAUGUAAAACUUGACUUCACUCCACUGAUUACUUUUGCCUGGCAGUGGCAGUCUCGUAUUCAGGCUGACUCCUAUGAUUUGUUACGGGCCAUUUGAGUUCCGA